AUGACGUGUUUCGCAUUCUCGACCUGGCCGAGAGACAUGCUGCGGUGGGUGCAAAGCAUCCGCAAUAGCAAGAACCCAGGCCCCAAUCUUGCAACCUUCUCGAGAUUCCUCUAUCUGGGAGAUUUCUCCACGUCCAUGCCGGUCGGAACAAUAGCCGAGCUGCACGCCAUGCAACAGCGUGGGACACUGAGCCCAAUCAUCGUCGACAGCCGGCAGGUCAACUGGCACCUCCGAGCGGCGCUUGGCAAGCAGUUGAAGGACUUUGAUCGCCAUGUGGUCGAACACGAAGUGCAUAGCGGCCACAGAUGGGACACCGUUGCGCGCAAGCGUUAG